AUGCCUAGACCAAAUGCCCAAACACAAGAUGAUGUGCUGGACAAAAAUCUCCAUCCUACCACAAAAAACACACAACGACCAGAUAUAACCAGUGAUCAACCAAAUGUACCCACGAAUUCACCAAAAGUAACUUUCGAAGAGCCACCAAGGAUCAUUCAGCCCCCAAAUGCACCCACUGAACCUAAUUUACCUGCAUAUCAACCCAGCUCUAUACCGUCGCCACCCUUGGAGAAGACUCCUCCACACCCUCAACCAUCACAUGUACCAGUUGUAAGUGAAGAAACUGGACACCAAAAUCCAGUUUCUGCAGAAGUUACUCCCACAGUUGAUAAAGGGCCUGAAGAAUCUAAUGAGGUUUUCACACAAUACAUCCCACAGCCUUGCAAUGAACCAGACUCUCAGGAGCAUAGCAUCCAAAAUGAGAAGAAAACACCAUGUGAAAGGGGUCAAUCCAGCAGUUAA